AUGAAGGACAUUGUUAUUAAUGCGUGGCAACAAAUUUUUUAUCAACAUGAAGCAGCAACUGCAGGCCAAAAGCUGCUUACCAAAAUGAAAGAAACUUCCAUAGAUAUACAACAAUGGCAUAAGCAGACCUUUGGACAUCUCCCAGAAUUAUUAAAAGAAGCUGAAUUUCAAAUACAAUUAGCCCAAUUGAAGUGCGCAACAACAACAGGCACUAAGCUACUGUUUUGGUUACAACAUGAAAACGAGACAAGGAAUUCACACCUCAUGCUCCUUCACUACCAUGCUGAAUACUGGAAACAAAGAUCAAGAAUUGAGUGGCUGAACAAUGGAGACCUCAACACUAGAUUCUUUCACACAAAAGCUACUAUCAACAACAGAAUCAAUCACAUUCACCAGUUACAAGAUGCUAAUCAGAGAUGGGUUUACAAUCAAAGCCAAAUUAUUAAAAUGAUGAUACAACACUAUGAACAACAAUACAUAGUGGCACCAACAGAUAUUGACAUGCAACUUUUUGCUAAUGUAAACCCAAGAAUAUCUCAAUACCACUGCUUACAGCUGAUGAGAACUCCAACAACUGAGGAAAUCCACAAAGCACUAUAG